AUAGCAUGCAUCACAUGUAAAGAUAUUAAACUCUUGGCCCGUCGUGCACAUCAGAGGGUUAAUUACAGCGUGCACAGAGACAUGCUACCAUUAAACUGCCACCCAGCCAAGGUUUCAGCUCUGAGACGUCAUCGCUGAAAUAAUUCUACCAAAACAGUUUGGUCCCGCUCAGUGGAAGAGCUAGCACAUACAAGUUUCCCUGUUUGGCUGCCACUUGCUGUGAUGUACUCUGCUAUCCAAUGCUAAUGAUCCUAUCUGAGGUAUGCUGAUUGCUGAAGUUCGGGACACUGUGAACACCUGGCUCUGCCGUCUCAGGGCUUGCUGCCUUGAUUGUUUGGCUGUACUUUGUUUUGGUUGGAUUCUGUUUGCACCUUUCAACACUGCAACAUAUACUACUUGCACAAAACAGUGUGGCUACGUUUAGGAAAAGACUGUGGCUUAGUGGUUAUAAUGCUCAUUGAUUUUAUCUCCUAUGGGAGAAGUCAUAAUGUUUUAUGAUUAAUCCAAAAUACCAUUGUAGGAUGAGCCUGGCCCAGACCACAAGAACACAAAACUAUCUGGUCUGCAGCACCAAACAUAAUCCACUAUAGGGUGCAAACAGGCACAGUGUGAUAUGUAACUCCCUCCGCAACAGCUCUCUCUCUCUCUCUCUCUCUCUCUCGCUUGCUCUCAUUAUCCACUAAAAACGUCAGAAAACGUUAGUGGUGAAUGACCACAACUGGGAGAACAUGCUGGCUGGACUCCUUUUGUGGAGUCGCAGUGUUGUUCUAAUGAGCUGGGCGUCAGCACCAACAGCAGCAGCUCUUACUGGCAAAUCUAAUCAUCAGCAGACUGCACCUCUUUGUCUGCAACUCUGUGACCUCUCUCCUGGCAGCUCUGGGUCAUAGUGCAGGGCUUCCUGCACCGACGCUCAGACGUAGCAGAGAGGGACACAGACAGUAGCAUGGACAGAGGAGGAUCAUAUUCAUGACAGCACAAAUACUGAGUGUGAGCAUGCAGCUGUAUCACAGAAAGGCAAAACAGGCCUGAUGCCGUUAUUUAUAGUGGAAUAUAUAUAUGGUUUGGAACUAGAAAGUAAUUUCUAAUAUACUUUGUUACAAAUGUCAUUUAACACCAAAAACCUUUAGAGAAAUACUCACACAUUCAUUAUUAUUGUUGUCUUUUCAGCUCUCUUUACUGACGUGAUAUCAAUCAAUGCACUACACAGUGUUUGUCACGACAGACUAAACUCACAAAGAGUCCCAGCUGGUACAUUUGCUGCUGUCACCCACCUGUGCCCCAUAGGACAGCUGCUGUACUGCAUACGCUCUGGAAUAAUAACCAUUUACAGAGUGAUUUAACAAACAUUAUAGCCCUGUAUGCUACGCUGCUGAGUAAGAUAUUCAAAACAAUGGCUGCAUAGAUCAUUUAUCUAUCAUGAUGGGUAUAAAAGUGACAGAAAGCUUGGCUAGGCAAAGCACCAGAACAGUCAGGACUAGGACUGAACACCAGAAUGGGCAGAAUCAUUUUCUACGAGGACAGGAACUUCCAGGGUCGCUCCUAUGAGACCAGCAGCGACUGUGCUGAGCUGACCUCCUACCUGAGCCGCUGCAGCUCCUGCAGGGUGGAGAGCGGCUGCUUCAUGGUCUACGAACGUUCAAACUACAUGGGCCACCAGAUGCUUGUGAGAAGGGGAGAGUACCCUGACACCCAGUGCCUGACGGGAAUGAGCAUGAGUGACUGCAUACGUUCCUGCCGCAUGAUCCCGAUGCACAGGGGUCCAUUCAGGAUGAAGAUCUACGAGAGGGAGAACUUCGGAGGUCAGAUGUAUGAGCUGAUGGAUGACUGUGACUCUAUCAUGGACUGUUACCGUAUGUCCAACUGCCAGUCUGCUCACGUGAUGGACGGCCACUGGCUGAUGUACGAGCAGCCCCACUACAAAGGCAGGAUGAUGUACCUGAGGCCCGGAGAGUACAGGAGCAUGAGAGACAUGGGAAUGGGUCCCAUGGGCAUGAGGAUCGGGUCCAUUAGACGUAUCAUGGAGCCCUGUUAGACAGAACAAGCAUAAGACUUAAACAUGUAACCAAUAAAUAUUAAUAAACUGUUCAUAUCUACAAGGAAUUCAUUAAUCUACCAUCUGUAUUGAAGUUCGAAACUCCAGUCAGUGAUCCAGGAUGACAUUUUGGGUGCUAUUCAAAGGACCGUUUGGUCUGUACAGAAUGAUGCUAGUUCAAUUACUAUGUCCCAUAGCUAAGCUGGAAUUUAGCUGAAAUCUUCUGCCUAUGAAUUGUCGUGUGUCAAAUAAUGCACUUGAAAUUAAAGCUGAAUUUCACAGGAUGAAAACAAUGUGUGAAACGGUGGAUGAUUUUCCAGAGGUUUCCUGGAAGUACUGCAAAUAAAUAAACUAAUUUACUGUACAAGGAGAGGUUGGAAGUAACAAAGCACAAAUAUGUGGUUACUGUACUUAAGUAGUAGAGUACAGCAAUAAGAUUCUGGGUUUGAGCCCUGGGUGACCCGAGG